ACACUAUCAUAGAUCAUGAAUCACAGAGCUGUGCUGAUGUACGCUGAAAUCGGCUGUUUCGUGCUCUGUGUUAGCGGAUGGAUCUUGGUUUGUUCCACAAUGCCGACCGAGUACUGGACUUAUUCUGAAGUGCAGAGUUUGGUUCUCACGUCUUCACAUUAUUACUCUAAUCUGUGGAAAGACUGCAUCUCUGAUUCCACCGGUGUGACUGACUGUAAAGGCUUUCCUUCUUUGCUGGCUUUGCAGACACACAUUCAUCUGUGUCGAUCUCUGAUCAUCAUCUCUAUAAUUCUUGGAUUCUUUGGAGGCGUUCUGGCUUUGGUUGGGAUGAAAUGCACAAAACUGGGCGGCUCUGAAACCGUAAAUGCCAGAAUCACCUUGUCUGCAGGGAUCAAUUAUUUAUUGUCAGGUCUCUCUGCUGUGUUCUCUUACAGCUGGUAUGGAAACAAAGUUAUAUCUGCCUUUAUGGAUCCCAACUACAAAGCAAAGAAGUUUGAACUGGGAGCGGCUCUGUUUGUGGGAUGGGGCGGAUCGGCUCUUCUCAUCACCGCCGGACUUAUUUACUGCAUCAUAACAGGCAAAGAAAUCUGCCAAACCAGCUCAAAGACCGAAGAGACGUCAUAUUGUGAGCCUUCCUCAAUAUACACUCAUCCACCUUCAUCUGGACCUGAGAGAGAUGAGGAGCACGAAUACAAGUCUUCAAGAGUCAAGACUGCGUAUGUUUAACUCUCAUCUCCAUCCGUUUUAAUGCUGCUGUGUCAUGUAUCAUCUCAAUUAUUAUGGGCGGUUUUUAUCUGGGUCACAUUUUGUCACAAAAACAGAUUCUAUGGAGCAAUGUUCGGUUGUUCUGCUUUUCUGAUAUCAUGAUUGUGCCGUGAUCAAGAGUCAUGGAAAAAACAAAUACUGUAAUAAUAAAGAUUCUGAUCCCUC